AUGGCCAAAAAACGCAGUUGGUGCUUGUGUCGCACCCAGGCCAAAAGGAGAGCCUUUCAAGCAAAGGCGAAAGGCGUCCGUCCACAGGGAAAAGGCAAGCAGCAAGUAACGCCGUUAAGGGCAACCAGACAGGGCUGUUUCUUGGCUGGACAUCAUCUGAACCAUCUCCAAGUGCCAGAGAUGGAUCAUACUCAACCCAGGGAUGGGCAUGGCAAUGAACCUGUGCCUUUAGGUCAGAUGCUUUUUGAGCAUUCGGGUAGUGAUGCACCCCUUAGACUUGGUCCUCCAGGCUUUGGGAGUAUGGCAAGUAGAUCAAAUGACGUUCCAUCUUCAAGUCAUGCUACACAGUUUCCAGGUCAUAGAGUUGUGAACCUAGGGACCUCACAUGUUUCAUUAGUUCCCUAUCGCACUGCAAGAUCCAGCGGCCAUGUACCAUAUGAUGCUCAGCCGAAACCUGCCCUAAGUUCCCAUGUGGACAACAGAAUGGUUGCAAUGAAGCGAAAGAACCUCCUUCCUUCAGUGGAGGGAAUGGACGCUGUUGACUAUUAUGUUGGCAGCUCUUCCAACAGUCACUUCUCUGAUCUUGUGCAGCCAAAUCCUAGUGCACUUACUGAGCCCUUGCAUCCGCAAGUGCCUUUAAGCGUUGGUCCAAGCAACUGGAUUGACCAACGCUUAGUUAAUCAAGAAGGAUCUCAGAGGAAUGUCAGAGCACGUCAUGAUAGUGCUAAUGUUUCGUUGGAACCUAGGCCAGCUUCAACUUACACACCAAGUAACAAUCAUCAGCUGCCAUUCCAUUCAGCCACAAGUGCUUUCGUAAGUACGGCAGCAGAAAGGAACCAAGCACCUUUUUCUGUGCCAACAAGAACAUUACCUUCAGGUGGCACUGGGAUCACUGGUAGGAUCUACCAUCAUCCUAUGCCUAUGCAUAGCAGCAGCUCAAGUGUUGCUGCUGCCCCAACUGUCCAUGGUUCUUCAAACAGUGCGAUGUUUGCCAAUGCUGGCUUUCCUGCUCCUAGAGCUGUUCAUGGCUCAGGUGCUGCUGCUGCCCCAACUGUCCAUGGAUCUUCAGACAGUGCGGUAUUUGCUAAUGGUGGCUUUACUGCUCCUAGAGCUGUUCAUGGUGGCGCCGUUCCUAGCUACGGCCAUCCAUCCUCCACAGUUUCCUCUGGCUCAAGAGCAUUUUCCCAUGAUGCAGUCAUUCCGAACUAUCCUGCUUCUACCUCUACAUCCAUUAGGAUCAAUGUGCCAUCUCCUAUCAGUACUGCGGCAUCUUCUAGGCAUGCAAGGGUAUCCAUGGCACAUGCCAGCACUGGAAUGAAUAGAUUCGUAGAUAGGAGCUCAUUCCAUUUGAUCGCUGAGACACAGCGGGUUAUGAUGGAGCAGUUGGCUUUCUAUCAACAAUCAAGACAAGCAGCUGCUGACCCCCACAGGGACUUGAGACUGAACAUUGAUGAAAUGAGUUAUGAGGAACUGUUGGCCUUGGAGGAAUCCAUAGGUACUGUGAACACCGGCCUUGCCGACGAAAAGAUUUCAGGUUGUGUGAAAGAAGUGGUCUGUUGCAGUUCUGAUGAGGAGCAAGACGAGGAAGAUGAUGGGCGCUGUCUAGUCUGCCUGGCAUGCCCUGAAUCGUUUGCUCCUCCAAUUCUGAUUAUGAUUUUUGAACUAUGGCAGGAGGAGUACAAAGACAAUGAUCUCCUAGGGAUACUGAAGUGCAGGCACGACUUCCACACCGACUGCAUCAAGAAGUGGUUGCAAGUGAAGAACGCAUGCCCGGUAUGCAAAUCCGCCGCGGCUUAG